UAUAAGUAGCGUAACAAUCACGGACGCCAUUGCAAUUGAUUACACCGUUAGAGAGAAGUGUGUGUUGUGUCGAACUAGAUCAGUGAUAUUUGGACGAACUGUGUUUUAUCAGUGAACGAAGCCUAUAGAAAAUGGGAAAAGAUUACUACAAGAUUCUAGGAAUAUCUAAAGGUGCGAGUGAUGAUGACAUCAAGAAAGCCUAUAGGAAAUUAGCUCUAAAAUACCAUCCAGACAAGAACAAAUCACCAGGAGCAGAGGAAAGAUUCAAGGAAGUAGCUGAAGCGUACGAAGUUUUGUCUGAUAAGAGAAAACGGGAUAUCUACGAUGCCUAUGGAGAAGAUGGUCUCAAAGGUGGAGUGCCCGGAAAUGCAGGAAAUGGUGGUCCUAGCAACUUCAGCUACACUUUCCACGGGGAUCCAAAAGCUACAUUUGCUCAAUUCUUUGGAAAUGCCAGUCCUUUCCACGCCUUCUUUGACAUGGGUGGACCAAACAGAAUGUUCGGUUUCCACGAUGACGAAAUGGACGUUGAUGAUCCGUUCGCCUCUGUUGGUCUUGGUGGACCACCAAGAGGUGGUCCAGGAGGAGCUUUCAGAAGUCAUUCCUUCAAUGUUCAUACUCCUAAUAGAUCCAAAGACAAAAUACAAGAUCCGCCUAUAGAACACGACUUGUAUGUUUCUUUAGAGGAUAUCACCAAAGGCUGCACCAAGAAGAUGAAGAUCAGUAGAAAAGUACUUCAGCCAGAUGGUAGUACAAAGAAAGAAGACAAGGUGUUGACCAUCAAUGUCAAACCUGGAUGGAAGGCUGGCACAAAAAUCACAUUCCAAAGGGAAGGCGAUCAGGGAAGGAAUAAAAUACCUGCAGACAUAGUAUUCAUUAUCAGGGAUAAACCUCACCCGCAUUUCAAGAGGGAAGGCAGCGAUAUUCGAUAUACUGCUAAAAUUACACUAAAACAGGCCCUUUGCGGUUGUACCAUUGAAGUUCCUAGCAUGACACCUGGAGUCACAAAACCACUGCACUUCACAACUGAAAUUGUUAAACCAAACACAGUAAAAAGAAUUCAAGGAUAUGGUCUUCCACUACCAAAAGAACCAUCCAGAAGAGGAGAUUUGAUAGUCAACUUCGAUAUAAAAUUCCCAGACCAUCUCACCCAAUCUGCAAGAGAUAUUCUCUAUGAUACCCUUCCUGAUAAUUAAUUUAUUAUAUUUCUUUUCGGAAAUGUGUGUUGUGAUAAAAAUUUGUACGUUUUAGUACAAUAAUUUUGUACGGACUUAUAGAUAUUAAAAAUUUCUCUGAGCUGAUGUAAGAAAUAAGUUUAAUAUGAAAUAUUUUUUAUUUUUUAACUAUCGUGUGGAUAUUUGUUUUGGACCACACGACCUUAUUCACAAUUUUGUUGAAUGAGUUAAAUACUAUAACUUGUUAUGUACAUAAGGUGAUUAAUUUAUAAAUUUAAUGAAUUAAAAUUUUAUUGUAAUGUAUUUGCGCAAAUAUAUAAAUGUUAAUUUUG